AGAGGAAGAGGAGGGAGGUAUAGGAGGAGACUCGACUUACUUCAGAGAGGAACAGGAGCCGAGGAGCAAUUGAUAAACAGCUGUCCGGCAGACGUCCCAGUCGACAGAAGUGCAGCCCCGAGGCUGAAACAUAAAAGAAGCCAUCGAAGACAAAAACAAAAAGAGCAAUGAGCGUGCACAACCUGGAGAGGAUCAAGCAUUACUGAGGAGAGAACAGUGGAGUUGCUGCAUGGACGACGUAAUACGGAGAAUGUAACUCAAGAUUCACGUUGGGGAUCUGUAAUCCGCAAGUUAUAGAGCUACUCCGACUACUUCCCGAGCCGCAAAGUCACAGUCAUGCCAGCAAAAGCACCGAUAUACCUGAAACCCACCAACAGUAAGAAGGGGAAAAAAUGUCGCCUACGCGAUAUUUUGUCACCGGACAUGAUCAGUCCGCCACUCGGCGAUUUUCGACACACCAUUCACAUCGGCAGAGGUGGCGAGAGGGACGCCUUUGGAGACAUGUCCUUCCUCCAAGGAAAAUAUGAGCUCCUACCGGGAAAGGGAGAUUCCCAACCACAGUAUGGCGUCCAAACUGAGUUUCUGAGAGCCAACAGUACAGGCAAUGCUUCCUUCGCGGAGACCCCAUCCCCUGUUCUCAAGAAUGCCAUCUCCCUCCCGACCAUCGGUGGCUGUCAGGCGCUUACCCUACCACUGAUCUCCUCCACCGUAUUCUCAAUGCCUCCGCAACCUGGAGACAUAACGGGGCCCGCACCCCCAACGAAACCUGACAACAUUGAGGAUGUAGAGAUCGUGCAGAUGGAUGCUUUCUUGCACUCAACGGACAACUACAGUAGCAAGGCCUCACCCCACUUUCGAGACAUCCAGUCAAAGCCCGACGUCCUUCUGGAUCUCCUGGAGAACAUGAAAAAGCCGAAAUCGAAAGCGGUUAUCAAGACUAAUAUGGUGAACAAAAAAGAAAGCAGGAUUGAGGAGCAAUCUUAUUACAUCAACAAUCAUGGCAGCAGCAGGUACAAAGCUAACGGAAGCCUUCACAGCAACACGAGCAACGACAGCUUUGAAAGUUACGCAAAAGAGGACUACAAGAGCAAAAUUUACAAUGACCACGGUAGUCUCACUGACAAGAGCAACGAUCGGGGUCAUUUUCAGAAAAACAUUAACCUGGAAUUCAAGCAGGAGCUUCCCAAGUGCAACGGAGAGUGGGUGGACAGAGACAGUGGUGUUGAGGAGGGCCGCAUCUGUGAUUUUGACUUUGACUUUUCCAAAGAGAAGAACACGUCACAAGAGUCCCUCACCCGAAUCACGGGGUCACUGCUCUCCCUUGAACUUGAUCUGGGCCCAUCCAUCCUGGAUGAUGUGCUCAACAUAAUGGAUCAACCCGCAGUGAAAAGCAGGCCUUGAGCUGCAUUGAGGCCCUUGGAGGAGAAAGGGAAUGAUCAAAUGAUCAACAAAGGACUAUGUGAGCUACGUUAGACAGAGCUGCCUAUGUUUUCAUUAUCAAAACAUAUAACUAUUUUGGCUUCUAUGGAGUGAUGUUUUUUUUUCUCUUUUUUUUGGCCAUGCCGGCAUGUUCAUAUAUGCAUGUAGUACUGGGUUACAGUAUUGUGCCUUUAAUCUUCAUCCAUCCAUCCAUGCAUUUUCUUUACUGCUUAUGCUCAUUCAUUCACGGAUGUGCUGGAGCCUGCCCAGUUGACUUUGGGCGAGAGGCGAAUUUUAUAAAUAUUCUAUCUGUUUUUCUUUUUCAGAUUUGUGUGUCAAACACUGUUGUGGGUUUAACAAAGCACUCUUUGUCUCUUCAUCAAUCUGCCUUUUCUUUUUUUAUGACAGACUAUUAUGCAUAAAAGUGUUUUGGAAUUUGAACACAAAUAAAAUAUUUUAUUCUGAA